UGUAGCACAGGAAAUUUUUUCUGAAAUUGUUAUUCGGUGGAAUAAGUUCUAUUUGUAAAAUAAAAUUUUGGUUUUCUCCGGAAGUACAUAUUGUGUUACGUAGUGCUCUUCUGGCAUAUACAAGUACAUGAGAGGUUACCAAAUAUGGUGCAGCGGCUGGUAUACAGACGACGAUUGUCGUACAACACGAAAAGUAACAGAAGACGUGUUGUCCGCACUCCUGGUGGUAAAUUGGUUUAUCAAUACUUGAAGAAGCCAAAGAAGAUACCCAGAUGUGGGCAAUGUAAGGACAAGUUGAGGGGUAUUCAGCCAGCAAGACCAAUGGAAAGAUCACGCAUGUGUAGACGAAAGAAGACUGUAAAAAGGGCAUAUGGUGGUGUACUCUGUCAUAAAUGCGUGAAAGAAAGGAUUGUUCGUGCAUUCUUGAUUGAAGAACAAAAGAUUGUGGUGAAGGUGUUGAAAGCACAGCAAGCAUCUGUGAAGUCAAAGAAGGGAGACAAAUGAUGUAACAUUUUUGAAAAAACAAUAAUACUUGCUUAAAAUAAAAUUUGUGUUGGUCUGCUU